AACGCAGCAUUGUCCUCUCUCUCUCUCUCUCUCUCUCUCUCUCUCCCUUCUGACAGCACAAUCAACCUGUAAGAAAAAAAAAAAAAAAGACCGUCCUUUUCCCCUAAUCUCCGAUCCCCAGAUUCUUACAGAUUUUAGGAGGGAGGGGCAUGAUUGUUUGAUUUUGCAUUUGUAUUGGGAAGAGAGACAGCGAUUGUUUGGUGGAUCUGUGUAAAAUGCGUGUGCUUGGAUUGAGCUCAAGCUUAUGCUCUACCGAGGAGAAGGAGGUUGAAGAGAUGGUUGUAGACGCCAGCUUAACACCCGUGUACCUCAACGUCUAUGAUCUAACACCUGUCAACAAUUAUCUCUAUUGGUUUGGUCUUGGCAUCUUUCACUCUGGUAUUGAAGCUCAUGGUUUCGAAUAUGGAUAUGGUGCUCACGAGUACUCAAGCAGUGGGGUGUUUGAAGUUGAACCUAGGAACUGUCCAGGUUUCAUCUUUAGGAGGUCAGUCUUGUUGGGAACCACAAGCAUGUCUCCCUCAGAUUUCCGCUCCUUCAUGGAGAAGCUUUCGAGGAAGUAUCAUGGGGACACAUACCAUUUGAUUGCCAAGAACUGUAACCAUUUCACUGAAGAAGUGUGCUUGCAGGUAACAGGAAAGCCUAUUCCCGGAUGGAUUAACCGGAUGGCUCGUGUAGGUUCGUUCUGUAACUGUAUCCUUCCAGAAAGCAUACAGCUCUCAACUGUUGGACAGCCAGAAGCCCUUGAGUUCUCUGAUGAUGAUGAUGGAUCCGAAGAAUCAGCUGCAUCUUCUCUCUCAGACGAGACAGACGGAGAAGGGCAAGAUCAUCAUCUCAUAACAGCACCAAACAGCGACAUUGCGUAUCUUCAAGACAGACCAGUGCGACUUGCUCGAGAGCUCCUACAAGAACCAACCGAGGGGUCUCCUAUGUUGAGGCGGUCUUGAGCUCUCUAAAGCAUCCAUCUCCCCCCAUGGAAAUAUCACUAUUGAAGCAAAAGCAGAGUAUAUGCCUGAAAAUUUCCAUCUUUUGAGUAUAUUCUUUGGGUCUAGAAAUGUAUAAAAGAUUUGAAUUUAAAGUGAGAGCCCAUGGUAGUGAGUUUAACAUUAUGAUGUGAACUUGUUGACAAUAUUUGUGUUCCCUUUUCUCCUGAAGGCAACUAUUAUCCUCUCUGAGUCA